AUGAAUAAUCAAAACAAUAACAGUCACAAUAAUAAUAGUCAAUCACAAUAUCACAAUUUAUUUGGUAAUAGUAAUUUAACUCUCACAGACAAUACACAACAAAAUCAAUAUUAUUUAAAUCAAUACCAACAAGAUGGUAAUCAACACAAUUUCUUUUAUCAAAAUCAAAAUCAAAAUCAAUAUCAAAAUAAUAAUGAGUCAUAUUACAGCAACGACAAUAAUAAUAUUUAUUAUAGUGAACAUUCUACUACUACUACUACUACAAAUAAUUCAGAUUUUGAAAAUAUAAAUAAUAAUAAUGUCAAUAAUAGUCAAUAUGUAUUCUCAGAGAUUGUCAACUACGAUCAAUACAAUUGGGAAUAUAACUCAAAUCAAUCAAAUAAUCACCAACACUACCAACACCACCAACAUUCAAAUUAUCAAUCACCAUGUUCAAGCCCACCAACCUCACUUGUAGAGUUCACCUCAGAGGAGAAUCUUUCAGAAGGCCACUCCGAUUCCGAAUGGUCUUCACCUUUGGCAAUCAAUUUUCAUUUUUCACCUGACAGCGACGAGUCAAUCGACCCAACUUCAUCUCCACUUCCAGCCUAUUCACUUAUGUCACCUGUAAAUCCAUCAUCUUCCGACAGCUCUCACGUCUCUAGAAACCAAAAGUCACCAAAGCAACAACUAAAGAAGAAUAAAGCCAAGCCUUUAGUUUCACCACCAUCAUCAUCCAACCCAGGUACUCCAGUCGUCCGUACCAACAAAUCACUCAAGAGUAUCUGCGACUCCUUCCUUGAAGAGUACGAAGGAAACACUAGAAAGCGUAUCAAAAUCGAGAUGCUCUCUCAGAAAAUAGCAGUUGACAACCGUCGUUUCUAUGAAAUUAUCAAGGUUAUGCAAUGUCUUGGAUUGGUAGAGAAAGAAGGCAAGAACGAGUACUACUGGGUCGGGCGUGACAACGUAACCAACAACAUCAACAAUAUUUUCCAUUCUUCGAGAAACUAUAUCACAGACGAAACCGAAUUCGUAUGUGAAAACUGUAAGCACCAUCACGAACAAAACAACACCAACUCACCAGUGACAGCGAACGAGGAUGCUGAGGACACUGGAAUCUCAAAGCAAUGCAAGCAGCUUAUUAAGUUAUUCUUUUUGCACAACACCAUUUCAUGUCAAGAUGCAUCAAUCAUACUCAAUUGCCAAAAGAAAGCUCAAGGAAAGAGAAUCUACGACAUUGUAAAUAUUUUGUAUAGUCUUCAAGUUAUCAAUCGUUUGGAUCGCGACGGUUCAAAGAAACAGUUUUACACAUGGAAAGGUCCUCCAACAAAACAAGAGUUAAUCAAUAAAUUAAAAAAUUUUAGAACUCAUGAAAAAACAAAAAUGAAUCAAGUUCACACUGAAAAAUAA